UUGGCAGUCCCGACCUACAGCGGAUACGGUGACCUGCUCAGUGCGAGGGACUACUGUUACUCCCUCGCACGCUACCAGAGAGCUCUGGGUUUGAACGAUCAGGAUGUACUCGGACGCGUCGUCCCUGUUGCACUCACUGACUCGGCGGCUAGGUGGUACAGGCUUUCCGGACACCGUGCAACAACCCUCGAGGAGUUCCGCGCGGCAUUCCUGCGUGAAUUCCUACCCGCUGACUACGAGAGUAGGAUGCGGCGAGAGCUUGGGCUACGUACACAGGCUCCUGAUGAGUCGCUUCAGGAGUACGUACGGGCGAUGCAAGACCUUUUCUUAGUCGCCGAGCCCAAUGCCUCGAACGAGGAACGCGUCGAACGAGUGAUCAGGCAGGCACAUCCGACCUUUUCGGCGUACCUGCGCGGCGGCCGCUUCCGAAAUCUGGAGGAAUUAGCCGCCGAGGCAAAGCGCAUUCAAGGUGACAUUAUCGCCGCGCGCGCCUAUCGCCCACCGCCGCCCGCCAGCGAGGCCCUUGAGCCGAGCUGUGCGUGGAGAGAGCCUGAGCCCUUUCCCCAACGGCAACAACCCGGCCAAGCUGCCUUUGCGGCUGCAAACGGGUGUGUUUGGGAACUGAGCGCGCGCGCUCUCGACCCUUGCACGCACGGGAAGCGGGCAGCCUGUGCUGCGCCACCGACCGAAACGCAUGCGCAGGGACGCUUUUCGACCCAGCGCAUCGCGGAGGGAAACGCUCGUUAUCAAGCGGCGAGCCGACCCCGGCAGGGAGCUGAGGCUGCUCCGCCUCGUGAAAGAUACCGCGGCGGAGUACGCUGUUUUCGCUGCCAACAACGAGGGCACAUUGCAAGGGAUUGCACCGCGCCCCGGUCUCCUGUGAGGUCGGGAAACGGGAUAGCAGGUCGCUCGUGAAAGCACGAGUGACCGAACCUUUGCUUGUUCCCUCGGCGUACCGAGCAGGUUGUG